AGGAAACAUCAGGCAAGCGAUGUGAAUUCCGAAAUAUCGCGUCUGCCAUCUCCAACAUGCCACAGGCUUCUCUGUCUCCAAGGAUAGGGGAGAGUCUCAUAGUUGAUACGGGAGCCCCAAAACUUGUGGUGCUCAGGACCUAUUUGCAAAGACACAUACGCCGAGAAAGUCUUAUGGCUGGUUGGUGGAGGCGUAUGCUACAAGGUGUUUCUGAGAGGGGUGUUCAUGUACCUCGGACUGGAGGUCAAAGCAGACAGGUCCAGUAUAAAAACAGGACCAUCUCUGCUAAUGACCACAUGAGAUGAGCAGAAGCUGAAUAAAAGACCCUCGGUACUGUCCAUGAUUGAGCAGAGCUUUGCGACCGAAAUGAAGUUUGGUUCAACAGCCAUACGAAUCCUUGGAGAUACAUUGAACCGCG